AUGAACGAAGUUGCUAAAAAACGUCGUAUUGCUGGCGAUGAACCGAUGGAACCUAUUCGUGACAGAACCAAUCGCAAUCUGAGCGAUAAGUUGCGAAGAGAUCGGUUCAACUCGUACAUCAGUGAGUUAGGAGAGCUUAUAGCACCAGCAACACCAAACAUCAAACGGCGAGAAAAAAUCAGCGUUCUGAAGCUAGCAGUGAACUGUCUGCAGUUACACCACGACCUAAGACCAGUAAGGAUGAAAGAAACGUGGCAAGCCCCAUUUGUCACCGCUGACAACCUUGGAGUUGCAUUAUUAGAGUCACUUGGUGGAUUCCUCUUUAUAGUGUCCAGGAAAGGAACACUGAUGUUUGUAUCCAAUGUUAUAGAGAAGAAUUUAGGUCAUAUACCAGAUGAAAUAAUUGGACAGCCUGUGUGUAAAAUUAUUCAUCCAGAUGAUCAUGGAAUCAUUAGAAUGCAGUUGUCACAGAUUGAUGAAACAAAAGACAGUUUAUCUGACCCUCCGCACGUCCAGAAAACAGAAUGUAGAAAUGUGUCGUUCUAUAUUCGGAUGAAACAGGUACGUGAUCAGUCCAGUCCAUUACCGAUGUAUGAAAUGGUACACGUAGUCGGACAAGUUACAAAAUCUUACAAAACAAAACAUAAAGGAAGUCAUUUUCCACUGCAGCCUGGAAUUAGUAUGAUUGCUGUGGGACGAUUACAGACUGAAUUACGAAUACAAGACAUCAUUUCAGCUCCACCUGAAGGGGAAUACAUAACAAGGCAUGAUAUGAUGGGAAUUAUUAACUUCACACAUCCAGUAGCAAGCCGGCAUACUGGAUACAUGCCUGAAGAAGUGGUUGGAAAAUCAGCUUAUGCGUUCCUGCAUCAACAAGAUGUUGUUGCCAUGGAAAAAUUGCACAAACAAUUAUUCAGUGAUGGAGUUGUUCACCUAGUUGGUAGAACAUGCAGUAAAUUUGGUGAAACUAUCUAUGAAAAAAUGUAUGGUUACCUGUGUGUCAACAAAUGUACAAAGAAACCAGAAUAUAUUAUCAGUGUGCACCAGAUUAUAAGUGCUGAGGAAGGCAAGCGCCUCAUUGGCCAGAGAGCAAUCAAACAAGGCGAUGACAAAGUGUCUGACGAUGAUAAUUAUGAUAACGAUGAUGAUGUGAAUGAUGAUGAAGAUGACAGCAUUGGCCAUGCCAAAAAAGACUCCACAGAUUCUGAAGGAAAGGGUAAUCCAGAUAAAGAUGGUGAUGGUACUGAUGACAAUACCAUGGAAAAAGAUGAAGCAAAUGAUGAAGAGAUUUUUCAAAAGAUGAACGAUGACUGUCAGGUGCAAGAGAUAUCGUGUUCGGAUAAACCUACAACUGAUAAGGAUACUGUAAAAUUAAAACAUGCAAAGCGAGAAUGUGAUGUGUGUGAUAGUCAUCUUAAACAUCAGGUACAUUCUUUAGAUAAGCCAAAUACCAAGGAAACCACUUUAGUUAAUCCAAUUACCAUGGAAACCACUGUAAAAACACUUGAUGAGAACGAUAAUGACACAAAAGACAAAUACGGAAUAAUCAGUAUUGACAAUCAGAUUCCUAAGAUGACAUCUUGUGAAAGUUGUUUGAAUAAUCAAAAUAAAAUAACUAGAUUUGGGGGCUGUGCAGUACAGUCCACAUGUUUGAUGUCACAAUAUGACGGAAAAACUUUGCCGGAAAAUCUGUCCAUUUUGAAUGAUGAGUGCUGUGUUAUGUCAUUGCUGAAAACUAAUACCAUUCAGGAAUGUACCAAAUUACACUGCGGAGAUCCAAGAUUAAGUGAUGCAGUUGCCUGGACAACAGAUGAUUCUGAUUCUCCUUAUGUAGACAUUUGUGACUGUGCCACUGAAAUGAACACAACUGAUUCCUUAAAUAUGGAAUACUGUUUAUCGAAAAGUACGAAACCCAGCGAUAUUGGCCCCAAAAUGAAUGAUGACGAGUACACCACCGAUAUUGAAGGUACAUUCCAUGUGACAGAAGUCACUGGAACUGAAGAUGUCACUCAGCAUUUUCAAAAGUCAGGAGAUAGCUGUGUUACUGCCAAUAUAAUGACACAUACAGUGGCAGAAUUGAAUGAGAAUGAAUUCAAACUAGGCAAUACUGCCCUCUAUGACCAAUCAUGUAAUACAAACAAAGUUGGAGAGAAUAACAAGACAUAUCAAAAAGCAACAAUCGAUAAGCGUAAACUUGAUGAUGCUGACAUUUGUGGAGAAUUGGUAGAUGGAGAUACAGUUUGUAUGAAGACAAAGAAAUUAAAAUGUGAUAAGGAGGAUUCUACAUUGCCAUCUACACCAGACAUGAUAAUUGGUGAUCAGUCCUCGGUUGUCGACAACAAAGUUAUUGACACCAGUAGCCAUAGCUCUAUCCAGAAUAUAGUCACAUCUGAAAAAAGCAAGAUAUCUACCUGCAUUUUGAAAGAGCCGGCCAUGACUAAUCAAAUGGCUACUCCAGCAACAAUGAAUGACGGUAUUUCACAGGAUUCUAGUCACAAGAACAGCUCCAACAACAACAUCCAGAAUACUUCAGCCAUUUCCAAAGUACAUCAGUCUUCAUUACUUUCCCUUAUGAAAGACACUGAAAAUGACAUUGUUUUGAAUCUCUGUAAUGAUGUCAUCAGUACGUCAGUGAAACCCUCAACUAGCAGACGCUCUCGCUGUAAACCAUACAGUCCCACAACCAAAGCUAGAAUCUUAAAAUCUUCAAUGCAGUACAGACCAGCUGUAUCUACAUGGAAAAAAAUACAGAAUCUUACGUCCCAGGCAGCACAGAGGAAUGCACAGAUGAACCAAGAAUUACAGCAGAAAAAUCUACAUUUGAAAAUAGCAAUAGAAAAUCAGUUGCGAGAAAUCAAGAAAACAAAAGAAGAAAUCACAAAACAUUUAGUGAAGAAUCCCAGCCUGGAAAAACUUGUUGAUAUGCAGAUACUGGAUGUUGAGAAACAGAGACAGCAAUUGAAUGCUAUGGAAGAGAAAUUGUCCCAAAUGAAUGGAACAACAACAAAAUCACCCUACUGUGACAGCAACUACUUUGACAGUGAAUGUGUGGCACAUCUUUUAAAACACACCUCACCAACAAACUAUGUUCAUCGACCUCCACAAAGUUUGGAAGCCACUACGACUGUACCUGGAGUAAUGCCUGACUUCUCACAGAACACGUCUAUCACUGUCUCAUAUCCACAGCUUACAAGUUAUCUGCUGUCACCUGGCAACCAUAAUAGUUUUUGUCAUGAUGUUGGCAUGGCAACACAGAUUGCCUCACCACCAAAUGUUGCCUCAUCUACACAAGUUAGAUUGACUAAUGCCGAAGUUGUCACUGACCACCCAGUCUUAAAUUCAAAGCAGGCUAGGGAGCAUUUCCAUAAGAAAUCAUUGGACUUCACAAAAUUUUCAGACCAAGACAGAUCUUCGUUCCUCGCAGAGUUACAAGAGCAAGCAGCACAGAGUCCUUCUUUCCCCAUAGAACCUGUAAAUACAUCUUUAGUCAGAUCUCUUGUGUCGCAGUAUGAUCAACCAACCCCUCAACAACAAAUGAUGCCUCAGCAUUCAGAAUCACUCUGUGAUACAUACAAUACAGACGAACAGGGUUUCAGUGAGCAUAUACUGAGUAUGUUGAAAGACACAGACAUUGAAGGUGUUAUCGGCACUAUAGGAACCUGCCUUGAUAAAGACAACCAUGAUAUAUGGUUCACAGACUAUGAUGGUCAAAAAGUUGAUAUCUAA